CAAUCUCCUCUCCCACCCCUUUUGCCCGAUCGUCAUCGUCCCGAACCGUAGAGAGAAAAGUGGAGAGCUACAGAGAGAGAGAGAGAGGGAGAGAGAGCUAGAGAGAGAAAGGAAGAGAGAGAGAGAGAGAGAGGAAGAUCGCCAUGGACGGGGGAGGGAAGGUGAAGAAGGGGGCGGCGGGGCGAAAGGGGGGCGGCCCGAAGAAGAAGCCGGUGUCGAGAUCCGUGAAAGCGGGGCUCCAGUUCCCCGUGGGCCGGAUCGGGCGCUACCUGAAGAAGGGCCGCUACUCCCAGCGCGUCGGCACCGGCGCCCCCGUCUACCUCGCCGCCGUCCUCGAGUACCUCGCCGCCGAGGUGCUGGAGCUCGCGGGGAACGCGGCGAGGGACAACAAGAAGAACCGGAUCAUACCGCGGCACGUGUUGCUCGCCGUGCGGAACGACGAGGAGCUGGGGAAGCUCCUCGCCGGGGUCACGAUCGCGCACGGCGGGGUGCUCCCCAACAUCAACCCCGUGCUCCUCCCCAAGAAGUCGGCGAGCAAGGAGCCCAAGUCGCCGACUCCCAAGCCCACCAAAUCGCCCAAAAAGGCGUAAUGUGCGCGGCCCCUCACCCCCCAUGUUGUUGUUGUUCACUGGUACUGCUUCUACUGCUACUUCUACUUCUACUGUGUUGUUGUUAUGUAUUUUGUAUGUAAUUUGGCGCUUAAUUAGGGUUUCUAAUUCUCUGCUUCGAUCUCGUGGGUGGAGGUGGAAGUGGAGGUGGAGGGGGGGAAGGAGAGCUUCUCUCCUUGUAGAUGUGAUCAAGAUGCUUCUUCUUUUUUUUUUUUCUUUUUUUCCUUUUGCCUUUUCUUUUCUCUGAUGAAUAAAUUUAACUUAACUUCGUU